GGAGCGGGAGGAGCCUUCGCACCCGGCUGCCGGGGCAAGGGGGGCUCCCGGGCCGGGGGUGGGGAGCGCGGCCGCUGCCCCCCACCCGACUCCCCCGGUGCUUCCUCCGGGUUGCAGCGGGGGCCACGGUGCCGGACGCGCCUGUGCCAGCAGUCAUGGGGUUAACGGGAGGCAGCGAGCGAGAGAGACAGAGACGGAGAGAGAGAAAGAGGGGCUGGACCAGUGCUCGGCAGCUGUUUAUUUCAAGGCAUCUCUCGCUUCCUCUCCCUCAGCCAGAGCUCAGCCUCAUCAAACCUUCCUCCUCCUCCUCCUCCUCUUCUUCCUUCGUCCUGGCCAUGAGAGGCACGGGUAGCAGCAGCUGUGCUCCUCCAGCCCCCUGCUUCGCCGCCCCGGCUGCGCCCCACUCGUCUCCCAGCAAGUGAAGAAGAUGAGACAGGAUCCCCACUGAGCAGACACUGCUGCAUCUGAGAUGGAGCCCAGUGCCUGCAGGAUGCCUCUACGCCUCUCCUGCAUCCACUCCCUGCAGCUUUGGCAUCUCCUCCUGCUGGUCUCCGCCGUCCCUCCUCCUGGUGUCUGCUCUCUUCGCUCUCGGGGCCCGGCGGCUGCUCGACCUCUCUGCACCCGUCGGAGUCCCUCAGCUCCGCGGCCCAUUUGCAUCUGGGACAGGACCUCAGUGCCAGAGAGGGAUUCUCGCUUUGCCCUGCCCCGCCAGCGAGCCCUGGCGCUGCAGGCAGGGGAGCUGCGGCACGUCCUGAGGCUGAGGCGCCAGGCGCCGGGCACCCGCCCCGCCACCCCCUCGGGCUUCGAGGACGGAAUGCCUUCCUCCCAGUACCCCUGGGCCAUUGUGUGGGGCCCCACGGUGUCAGACGAGGACGGAGGAGACACUAACUCGGCCAACCCAGGCUUGCCGCCGCUGGGAUACACCUUCGUGUCGCCACACGGGAUGGCAACGGCGCAGCCCAACUCCCACUCGCUCCUGCACAACGCGGGGCUCAACCUGCGGGAGACUCCAGCCACUCUGCGGCCCUUCCUGUUCGGGCCCCGAGGGGAAGGUGUGGACCCCCAGCUGUACAUCACCAUCACCAUCUCCAUCAUCAUUGUCCUGGUUGCCACUGGGAUCAUAUUCAAGUUCUGCUGGGACCGUAAUCAGAAGCGCCGGCGUCACUCCGGGCAGCAGGGCGGUGGAAGGCAGCAGGAAAGCCAGCAGCCCCUCACGGACCUCUCCCCCACCACCAUCAGCAUCCUGGGGCCCUACAGCGACUCCCUGGUCCCCACACCCAAAGCAGAGGAGUCCAGACAUGGCCAGGAGGGUGGGGAGAAACUGGGAGACCACAAGAAAAGCACAGCCUUCCAGCUCAACCGAAUCCCACUGGUGAACCUGUGACACUCACAGGAGAAGCAGAGCUGGCUCCAUCCACCCUCCUGUCACAGCCAGCGAGCACAGGCUCCCGCUGCCCCUGCCGCCCCAGGAACAAACCACCUCCUUGUGCCACAUCUGCCCACCACCAUGAUUAACCAAUGCCACCAGGAUGUGCCUGGGCAAGUGGAUGAGCUGGGCCUCCUUAGCUUCCUGCUGGGGGAAGGUUGGGGACUCCCCCAACCCACGCAGGACAGGGUGAUGAGAGAGCAGGAGGGUGGGAGGGAAGGCAGCUGGUGGUGGUGUGAAAUCUUGUCCUGCCUGGCUCCUCUCCUAGCACACACACAGGCACACACGUGGAUCUCUGUGGCUCUCCCACCAGUGCAUGCCUGACAUCAGGGGUAGGUGAGGUGGAAAGGCGUACCCCUGUCCCUGUGGGCCCUAACCCCUCUGUGUGUCCCUUCCCGUGUCGUGUGCUUUGAAGUGAACAUCUGGAGUUCAGUGGCUGCAGGAUUACCUGCUGGGGCUCGGUCUCCCCUGAGUUGGGACUCAGGUGGUUGCAGGUUCUUCUGUUCCUGAGGCCUUGACACCUCCCAAGGGUAGGUGAAGCUUGGGCAGAAGAGGCUUGCUCAGCACCUGUCCCCCAGCAGCAACCCAUCUCCUUUAAGGAAUCAUCACCUCCCCCUCCAGAUGGAAGAUAUUCACAUCUUGCCAUUUUCUUGCUGCCUAAUACUCUGUUUUCACUCUUCAGUUUGCAUCUUUCUUCAUCCCUCUGUCCCCAUUUUUUUUUUCCCUCUCAGUUCCUCCCACCACCACUUCUCUUGCCAGUUAAGUUGGAAAGAUUCCUUUGGCUUUCCCAAUGUUUUGAUCUCUUGGGAGCCUCCUUGCUGUCCCACUCCACCUCCCCAGUCUCCUACAGCAAAGUUUUUCUGAGGAGCACCAGCACAUGGUGAUGUUCUUCAGAAAAUCUGAGGUGAAGCUCUCUGCCCAUCAGGUUGUUUAGCUCUUGUGCACUGGGACACUGCUGGAGCAGCUAAGGCGCAGCGUGCACACACAGCCGAGGAACUUGGCAUUUGCUGAGCUGCGGCGCAGAAUUGCCUUCAGAUACUCAUGCCACAGGCAACAAGCAGCAGACUUGACUCUCCUGGAAUGACAAAGAGCAAUUUAGAGUCGACCUUGGGGACAUUUAGAGGAUUGCUCUCUGCUGCUGAUUGGAAUGCAAGGUGACUGGAAGCACACAAGGUAGCAUUCACCAGGGACAUGAGAAAGGGGAUAGCUGGGAUGUUCGCCUCCAAAACUGUGUUGCCUCAGCUGGUUGGGGACCAAAACCAAUGGCACAGGUAUCAGUGCAGGGCAGUUGCCUGAGCAUAUAUUUCAGGGCUGUGUUGGUCGAUAGGCCAGGCAGACACGUUGCCAGUUAGCUGUGUGAGCAAGGUCAACACAUCUCAGCUUCUUCCUACAUAUGGACUGCUGGCUGUGACUCUGAGAAAGAGUGAAAUGCAAAUUUCAGCUUAAUGACAACACCUGCUUUCCCCUGGCUUUUGUGGACACCUGAGAAGUAAUUCACAACCCCCACCUUGACAGCCUCUGAGCUGAAAUUAGGUAGAUAUAGGUAAAGUUGCCCCUAUGUUGUACUUUGCUGGACUGAUGUGGCAAGAAGCAGGAAAUGCAAACAGGAUUUAAAGGUCUUGAGGCACCAGAGAAAGUCUCAGAGAAAAGUCAUCUCAGAGAAAAGAAAAUGGACCUUUCAACCUUCAUCUCUGCACUAAAGGCCUGCUCUUUAUAGGGAGUUUCACUACACGCCUGGUUGUGCCCAUGUACCCAGCUGAAUUAGGUGAUCUCAGGCCACAUCUGACUCACCAUGAAGGACAUUCCAAUGAGAGUGUAAAUUGCAGUAAACCAGUAGAGACUGGGAGAAAAGGACAAGUCAGAUAAAAUUGGUGUCUCAUUAAAGGCACAGAAUGGCUGCGAGAUGUAGGUGGAAAAACACUCUGGAGGUCUAAAGUCUAAGCAUAGGUUGAGUCUCCACAUAGAUCAGAAGAUACUCUAUUGCUUGACCCUAGAUCCACCUAUCACUGAGCCUUUUCUUUAUUCAAGCUCCAUUCAAGCCUUUGGUGGACAUUCAAGCUGCAAAUGGAGAGGACAGGGGAGGUGGCCAAUGGCUGGUCCUGCCUGCUGCCCCCUUCACUGCCUUCUCCACCAGCUGAGGGCAUCUCAGGGCUGUUCUGCUCUUGCUGGCACAUCAGCACCGGGGAAGGACAUCUGCAUGUGGUCUGCAACAGGCUGCACUGCUUAUUGCUGGCAGUUUACAAUGGCUUGAAUUGGUUUCAGUAAUCUUCCAGAUCAGAUUAAUUAGAUUGCUCCUUGAUCAAUAGUCCUUGUUGAAACAAAGCCAGAGUUUAGACUCUACCACUUCAAGGGCUGCCCUUGGACUUUCCCUUUGUACAUGCUGCAUGGAGAGAAGGUCUGUAAGGAAGUGGCAGGGUGUAGUGAACACUUGAUGCAAGGAAGCCCUGUGUUCUGCUGGCCAGGUUUUUGGAACCUCCACAAACAAAUCUGAUUUUGGUGGCUUGGGUUGGAUUUUUCCCCUUUUACACCUCUCUGCUUUUGUACCUCCAAGCAAUGAAGCCUCUCGUGGAUGCUGCGGUAAGGGGGCAGCUGGGCAACACUUCCAGUGACAGACACUCAGAGCUGCUGACAGUCUUUUCCAAGGCCCUUUUUUCCCAGUCAAAGGUGUCUUUAUGGCAGGGGUUCACUCUCUCACGGGAAACAGGUUAGAUACAUGAAACAACUUCAUUGCGCUGCCCAAAGAUGCUUUGCUACAUUUUGUCCCCAGAACAAACCAGUCCAAGCACGUGUGGACACACAAGCUUCUUCCAGUCAAUAAACAAUCUCACUGGAUCUGCUUUCUUCAUGGCUGGAGCCUUCUAAAGCAUCGUCCCCUAUGCAGCCUGGAGCCAGACCUUAACCUGCAGCCUCUUCCCUGUCCCAAGGUGGUAGUCUGUGAAAUGUGCACACACACAGAGGUUGACAGCACCGAGUACCAGGGCAGGGCAGGGGCCUGCACCUUUUCAGUCACAGCCCAUCAGGUUUCCCUGUCUUCUAGGUGACUGGAGGAGAAAGAUCUGGAUUCACUAUAUUCCAGUGAAAAUUGCACAGAGAGAAAAGUGUGUAGGAAAACCAACUGCAAAUGUUGAUGGCCUUGGGCUGAGCCUGCCCAGGACUUUUGUGUUACAAAGAGGGAACAUCCUGAUGGGCCAGGUGAGUUGAAGGCACUAUGUCUGAGGGGAGCUCCUGGGGGAACAUGGCUUUGUUAAUGCCAGGGUGGUCCCUGUGAGCACAGUGGGAAGUAGGGAAGGUCUCGGGGAGAACCUCUCCCCUCCACCCUGGAGUCUCCCCCUGGUUACCCAGCAGAGCAUCAGGACCAGAAGGCCAAAUCCUACUUUGGGGUUUCCUAUUUGCUCAGCUGUGGCUGGUAGGCAGGGGAGCAGAGCUCCAGCAUGCACUUCACAACGCUCCUCCAGUCCAGUUCACAGGGACUCACAUCCAGCCAAGCAUCCCAUGGCUUCAGAGAGGGUUAUCUACCUCUUCCUCAAUGGCACCUAAGUGCCCUUGCAAAUCUGGUCCCUUCAUUUCCCACAAGGAAAAAUGCUUAGAAAAGAGCUAUUUUUUCAUUCCCUGCAAUUACCAAACACGAUCACCCUCAUACUGCUCUGAAUUAAACUACAGCACAGCCUCAGAGCCCAGCCCUGCAGCACAAAGCCCCUGGGCCACACUCCAGCUCCCUGAGUGCCUCCCUGCUGACGUUUCACCGUAGUCCUGGCCCUGCCCUGGGAAGACCACAUAGGUGGGGCUCCCCUUUUUUCACCAACUGCUGGCUCUCUGCUCCUUUUUUUCCCUGUUGUUUCCCUCUCCCACAGUUUCCCCACUUGCUACUUCUGUCCUGUACCAUCGCUCCCCUCCCAGGUAGCUCUCCCCUCCUGCUGUUUCACUCUCCCCUCUCCUCUCUUGUUCUCCCUUCACCACUCGUCCCGUUCUGCCACUCCCAUCCUCCCCCUGUCCUCCCUUCUGCUGCCGUGCUCAGUCUUGCUCUUUCCUCUCCUCUGCCCUUGUGAGCUGUGAUAUAUAUAUUUUUUUGUAGGAUUUCUCUUCUCCUCGUGGUGAAAUAUUCAAUUCUUGUGGGAUGUUAGUUUCAACAUUUUUAAAUAAAUCUUUGCAAAAUA